AUGGCUGGAUUACGCACCCUUUUAUCAGUGCUCUUGGUGUGGAUCCACAAUUGCGACUGUGUCCAUGAUGCCAAAGAUCCAGACCCUGUAUCAACUUCGCCAAAUUGUUCCCCAUCCAUUCGGCCCGAGACCAACGUCUCCACUCCUAUCAAGGCGUGGAUCUCCGGUGUUUGUGCUACUGAAGCCUGUACCGAUGAAUCGUUGAAAGAAGCCUUAGCCGAGCUCUCCAAGGGCUGCGCCGCCGAGUUGACCAACAAAUCCCCACACGCCGGCGCUCUCUUUUCCAUACUCUCGCACUACAAAGAUAUCAGGUCUACCUCGUGCAAGGACACCGAAAAGUUGGACUUUUGUCAGCCAGACUUAGUCGGCAGUGUGGAAAAACUGGAGAAGACUGGACGGACUUUCUUCACUGUCUCAGCGCAAGCGUAUUGUACCGAGUGCGACAAGAAGUCGGCCUCUGAGAAACCCAAAUCAUCAGGCAAGAAGGGCGGCGCUGAGAAACCCAACCCACCCACCAAACGCUCCCCCACGAAGAAAAGUUCGCUCCACAUCUGUAGCGGUUCCAAUCUCGAUGAUAAGCGAGUCGAAGUCGGCUUGCCUGGGCCCCAGAAAAAAACCGACGCCCCAGCUAGUCCCCCAGCUACUCCUGAUGAGAGUAACUGA